GCUGGUUAGAAAUGUUCCACUUAUUAGAUCAGAUCCAAUCUAAUUCAAUUCUACUUUAGUACGGAGUUUUACAUCUAUAAUCUAGAACACACCCAUAUGAAAAAAGAUGCACUAGUUCAUCGAUCAUGUAACUAAUGUGAAGAAACUUAGUUAGGAUCGAUAUUUUUCGAUGGUCACAUUUGAUGAUUUUAACACGUAUGAUCAGCAAUCGAUGCUCGAAAAUGGUUUCACUCCCGAUCAACUGCUACGGGAGUUUUGUGUGUAAAACAUCUUUUCAUUUUUGAUGGAUGCUUUGGCUUGUAGUGCUUCCUCCAAUGACUCGUUUUUUUUUCUUCUGGCGGUGCUCGUGUGCCUCUAGCAAUCCAGCAAGAUCAUCAACAGUUAAAUCUUCUAGAUCCUUCGACUCCUCGAUAGCGCACACGACAUUCUCGUAAUUAUCGGUUAGUGACUGCAAAAUUAGCUCCACGACCCACAAUUCAAUUCAAGAAAUUUAUAAAAAUUGAAGAAAAAAAAUAGAAAAAAAGAGAUUCUUGUUCAUACUUAAUUGAAAUAGAGUAAAGCCCUCCAAACAUCUCCUUCUUGUUGGUUUUGGAUUUGUCCAUGUGUAGCGCUUCCACUGCCUCUUUAUCCUCUUCGUGAAGUUCAUAGCCAUUUCGAAUUCUGAUGCUUGUCGGUGGAAAAUGAUUCUGUCAAUCCCACCAAAUGGACAGUCUAUUCCGGUGGAAAUCAAGCAUGAGACAUUCCAUGCCCCUCAAAGUCGGCUUCUUCACUUGCUGAGCGACUGUACUGAUUUGUCGAGGCUCAAGCAAAUACACGCUCAGGCACUUCGCACCUUCUCCACCCACAAAUCUUCUCUCUUCCUCUUUAGCCGAAUUCUUCACGUUUCUUCAUUAACUGAUUUUGAGUAUGCCUUGCGUGUUUUUGAUCAAAUCGAUAGCCCUAAUUCGUUCAUGUGGAACACUCUAAUCGGAGCCUGUGCACGGAGCUUGGACCGGAAAGAGCAGGCGAAUAAACUCUUCUACAGAAUGUUAGAAGAAGGCUCAGUUGAACCAGAUAAACAUACUUUUCCUUUUCUUCUUAAAGCGUGUGCUUACGUAUUCGCUUUAUCUGAAGGGAGACAGGCGCAUGCUCAUAUCGUUAAACGUGGGUUAGAUUCGGAUGUUUAUGUUGGCAAUAGCUUGAUUCAUUUAUAUGCUUCUUGUGGGUGUUUGAGUUUAGCAUUGAAGGUGUUCGAGAAAAUGCCUCACAGAAGUUUGGUUUCGUGGAAUGUGAUGAUUGACGCGUAUGUACAAUGUGGGCUUUUUGAAAAUGCUCUCAAGCUAUUCGCUGAAAUGCAGGACACUUUUGAGCCCGAUGGCUAUACAAUGCAGAGCAUAAUUAGCGCUUGUGCUGGUAUUGGAGCUUUAUCUCUGGGGAUGUGGUCUCAUGCUUAUGUGUUGAGGAAGACUGGUGGCGCUAUGGCCGGUGAGGUCCUGAUCAACUCCUCACUGGUGGAUAUGUACAGCAAGUGUGGUUCUUUGAGUAUGGCUCAGCAGGUCUUUGAGACAAUGCCCAAACAUGACCUGAAUUCAUGGAAUUCAAUGAUUUUAGCGUUUGCCAUGCAUGGACGGGCGGAAGCUGCCUUGGGAUGUUUCUCUCGGCUGGUUGAAACGGAGAAGUUUCUGCCCAACUCUGUCACGUUUGUAGGUGUUCUUAGUGCAUGUAACCACAGAGGUAUGGUUGCUGAAGGCCGGAAAUAUUUUGAUAUGAUGGUUAAUGAAUACAAGAUUGUACCCCGGUUGGAGCACUAUGGAUGCCUUGUUGAUCUCCUAUCACGCUCCGGUUUCAUUGAUGAAGCUUUGGAGUUGGUGACAAAUAUGCAUAUAAAACCAGAUGCAGUGAUCUGGAGGACUCUUCUUGAUGCUUGUUACAAGCAGAAUGCUGGCGUUGAGCUGAGUGAAGAAGUGGCAUUACAGAUUCUUCAAUCUGAAACAACAGCUUCUAGUGGUGUUUAUGUGCUGUUGUCAAGAGUCUAUGCUUCGGCACACCGGUGGAACGAUGUCGGGUUAGUUAGGAAGGCGAUGGCCGACAAGGGUGUGGCAAAAGAGCCUGGCUGCAGUUCGAUAGAAAUAGAUGGUGUUAGCCAUGAGUUUUUUGCAGGAGACACAUCUCACCCCAAGAUAAAAGAGAUCUAUGCUGUUAUUGAUUUGAUCGAAGAAAAACUACAGAAGCAUGGUUAUUCACCUGACUAUUCACAGGCAACCAUGGUCGAUGACCCCGAUACCGUCAAAUGGCAGUCGCUUAAGUUGCAUAGUGAGAGAUUCGCCAUUGCUUUUGGGAUACUAAACUUGAAACCUGGGAUGCCAAUACGCAUAUUCAAGAAUCUUAGAGUAUGCAACGACUGCCACCAGGUAACCAAGUUGAUUUCUCGAAUUUUUAACGUAGAGAUUAUCAUGAGAGAUCGUAAUAGGUUUCAUCAUUUUGAGAAUGGCAUGUGUUCCUGCAUGGACUUCUGGUGAUUUAUUCAAGAACCUGCAGUUUUUUCU